AUGACCUUGAUUUUGAGCAAUUCUAGUGCUCUAUUAUCACCCCAUUUGGCUUUAAAUGAAAACCGUAGGCUGCAUUCACGUGUUCACGUUAGGAGUGUAAAUGGACGGGAUUCAGUAUUAGUACCCCACGAAUCAGUUAGGAUCAAUGGAGGUUCUUUGGUUAAAUUGAAUAAUACCGAUGUAGCUUCUUAUGAUAAUGAUAGACAGUACAUGAGUGAGCAAAAUGGUUCUGAAGAGUUGGAACCUUUGUGGGAUGAUGGUUAUGGGACCGAAAGCGUGAAGGAUUACAUUAAUAUAGCAGUGGAUUUGAUUAAAAGUGAUGGAGGGCCACCUAGAUGGUUUUGCCCCACUGCAUGUGGAGAACCUCUAAAAGAUUCACCAGUUCUUUUGUAUCUACCUGGACUAGAUGGGACUGGAGCCGGCCUUGUUAUACAUGAGAAAGCUCUUGGAAAAGUUUUUUAUGUUCAAUGUUUGCAUAUUCCUGUUUGGGAUCGGACACCAUUGGCAGGUUUGAUUAAAAUUGUGGAAGAAAAGUUGAUGAUUGAGCACACUUUGUCCCCAAAUAAGCCAAUAUAUUUGAUUGGGGAAUCUUUUGGAGGAGCCUUAGCACUUGCAAUUUCUGCCCGUAAUCCUACACUUGACUUGAUACUCGUCAUAGGAAACCCAGCAACUUCCUAUGAGCAGUCACCAGUACACCCAUUAGUAGCAACUCUGAAGACUCUGCCUGACGAAUAUUAUUGGACGUUUCCUUAUCUCACGAGCUUUCUUCUAUGUGACGUUGUAAAGAUGGCAUCGGUUAAAUUCGAUGGUACAAAUGAUUCACCACCUCCUUUUGAACUGCUGAGCAAUAUAAUCAAAGAUCUGCCACUUUUUUCUGUUCUGACGAAAAUAUUACCAAAAGACACUCUUGACUGGAAAAUCAAUUUAGUUAAAUCGGUUGCUGAGUAUGCUAAUUCUCGUCUCCAAGAAAUUACAGCUGAAGUAUUGGUGCUUGCUAGUGGCAAAGAUAACCUCCUACCAAGUAAAAGUGAGGCACGGAGGCUUUCAGGAUUAUUAAAGCACUGCAACGUACGUGUGUUUGAAGAAAACGGACACACAAUUCUAAUGGAGAGUGGUGUUAACGUGUUGUCUGCUAUUAAAGCUACCCAGAUGUACAGGCGUUCUUCAAAGUAUGAUAUCUUCAAGGACUUUUUGCCUCCCAGUAUCACAGAGUUCAAAACCGUACCAUAUGAGGCUUGGUGGUACCGCCUUGCAAUGGGAGCGGCAAUGUUCUCCACUAUGGAUAAUGGAAAGAUAGUGAGGGGUCUUGCAGGGAUUCCAAACGAAGGCCCUGUAUUAUUAGUUGGUAAUCAUAUGUUAUGGGGAUGUGAAGCUUUUCCUUUUGUCUUACAGUUUUUGAGAGAAAAGAAAGUUGUUCUUCAUGCUUUAAUCCACCCCGAAACUUUUUCAUUUGAUGCUAAAGAUGAAUACUUUAUGAUUCCUUAUACCGAUAUCAUGAAGCUAUUUGGUGCAAUUCCUGUUUCUGCAAGAAAUUUCUUUAAACUGUUAUCGAGAAAUUCAUACACCUUGCUUUAUCCUGGAGGUGCACGGGAGUCUUUUCAUCGUAAGGGUGAAGCUUGCAAGUUGUUUUGGCCUGAAAAACCAGAAUUUGUAAGAAUGGCUGUGAAGCUCGGGGCAACCAUCAUACCAUUUGGAGUUGUUGGGGAAGAUGACAUAUCAGAACUACUCAUUGAUUAUGAUGAAAUGAAGACAAAUCCUUUCCUUAGUCAGAUGGUGACUGAACUCAAUCAAGGGAGAAAAAGCGUGAGAAAGGGAAUGGGAGGAGAGAUAGCUGAGCAACCACUUCAUUUUCCUAUCUUUAUGCCAAAGCUACCGGGUCGGCUCUACUAUAUGUUCGGGAAGCCCAUACAAACCAAAGGGAAGGAGAGUAUGGUAGAUGACAAAGAUUAUUUGAGAGAAUUAUAUUCACAGAUACGAUGUGAUGUCGAAAAGAAUGUCUCAUAUUUGUUAAAAAAGCGAGAGGAUGAUCCAUAUAGAGGUUUGCUCAAGAGGUUCGUGUGGUUGAAGACUCAUGGAUCUUUAGAUCAUAUUCCAUCAUUCGAGCCAUAAACUUUUCAAUCAUCCAUAUAUAUCACAUUUUGUUUAAAGGUGUAAUUAAGUUAAAGUUGUCAAGUGUAUGAUACUUGAUCAAAUAUUUUGUCACACUUUUUAUAAGUUCAACCUAAUUCAACACUUAUUUAAAUGUGAUACUUUUGGUUUUACU